AUGUCAACUGUUCGAAGCCAUCCUGCCGCUGCUGCUGCUGCCAAGAAGAGAAGACGAGCAGGAGGUCAAGAUGCGGUGGUAAUGAAGCGAACGUUUUGCCUGUGGGUGUUGAUUGGGUCUUGUCUUUUUAUGCUGGUCCAUCAGGUGCAACUGACGAAACGAGCGGUGCUCCAAUCGAAGAGCACCAAAGAACCCACCUCUUCCUAUUUCUUGCCGGAUAUUAGCAGUUUUCUGUUUGAUGAUACGGACAAUGACAGUAGUGCGGACGAUGUAUUUGCCGAUGAUGACAAUGCCCACCGUUACGAUGACGACGACGAUGAUGAAUUUCAGAGUGGCGAAGAAGAUGAUUUUUUCAACAAUGGCCAGACGCAAGAGGAGGGUGAAGAACAAGGGGAGGAGGAGGAGGAUGACAGUAGCAAUGAACCGACGAGUGGCGUAGAAGUCUAUGUCAAGCAGCUGAGGAAACAAAUGGACGAGACUGCACUUCAAAGUGGAGGCAAAGUCUCUGCCAAUGCCUACAUGGAAAUGUAUCAGAAAGCAAUGCAACGGCGCAAACAAAGUGCAGAAUCCAAACAGUACAGACCAUACGCCGGCAGCAGCGCUAUCAAAGAUAAUAAUGGAGAUUUGUCUCGGGAACAUGUUCGAAAAGCACGAGAUAUGGAACGAAAAACUCGCCGACGCAAUUCGUAUCGCACACGGUCCGAUUGGAGACCGCCUAUCCAAGACUUUACCAAGAUGCCACCCUUGCCCAUGGAAAAUCGAAUUCUACCCAACAUGAAAGCGAUCGGAGGCGUCAUUUUCUUUCUCCAUGUACCAAAGACGGGUGGACAGACUGUUCGACAAUUCAACUUGAGAUUUCGAAUGCAUAUCGAACGAAAAUCCAUUCAAGCAAACCGACGACAACAGCGCAAAACAAAUGGAGGCGCCAAGUUGCAGAUUGGAUUGAAAAUAGGGGAGGAUGGACCAGAACCACCCAGUCGGGAACUCAUGGAACUGGACAUGCUGUCCAAGGAACGACUACGAUUUGUCGUUGCCAACACGCUGGAUGUGUUUCAUGCCGAAGCCGUGCCACAAGUCAAUCAUUACUUGGAGCACCAAAGCAAUUCGCAUGGCAAGAUUCUCUUUGUAGAAGUACAUGGGAUGGAUAACUACCAUGCACUGGAAUUGGAACCCUAUUUGCAGCAUUGGCGACAACAAUCACAGAAAUCGGGAGUGCCAUUCUUUGCAUUCACACUGUUGCGGGAGGCCAUUUCCAUGCAUGUAUCGUUCUUCAAUUACUACUACAUACAUCCCGGGGAUCCCAGAUUUUGCAAAAAUCCUCUCAAACCGCAGCAAAAAUGCUCGGGUAGUGGCUACGGUAUGAGCCGACGUCAAGACCGACAUCAAAGACGGGACGAAGCCAAGGCGCAGUAUGCCAAAAUGCGAGGCAUGAGUGAUGCAAGAAUGCGAGGAGGCGAUAAAGCAGAAUUGGAGGGCUUGUCCUAUCGAGAUUUCAUGAAAUCUGCCUACACCGACCGCCGCAAAACCAAAAUGGUCAACCAUGCCGAUGGCAUCAAAGGUGUUUCGCACGAAGACAUGGAAAAGGCCAUGCUCCAAGUGGCCUACGAUAAUCCACAAUGUCUCUUCUUGGCACGUGGGGAGAGGGCAUUUGGGGAUGGCACGGAAGAAAAAUUGAUACGGGAUGUCGAGUUGAGACGACUGGAAUGCCAACAAACUUAUCUCUCCUUGCAAAGGACCAUGGAUUGGAUUGGUCGCACGGAUACACUGUCCACCGAAACAUUGCCCAUGCUGACUCAUAUCAUGUUUCAAAGACCAGAACUUGGAAAGCACCUUCCCAAGGCCAAUGUCUCUCCUCCAUCCGGUUUUGUCAAACUUUCCCAGCUUCAAGCGUCCACGGUCAAGGGACUGGAAAAAGUUAGUCAAUUUGACCAGGAAAUCUACUAUCGCAUCAAAGAAGAUUACACUAUGGAUCAAUGGGUCAACAAGACAGAUUACCAAUGA